GACAUCACCGGCGGUGGCAUUUUCUCCCCCGACUGCGCCUACUGCAGCCUUUCCGAGGUUUUUCCUAGCGAGGCCGAGGUAUUUGAGGAAUACCCCGCAUCAGGACACACCUUGAGGGAAGGCGUCAAACCCAGAGGCAUAGAAAAGGUGAGGGCGGAGAGCACGUCUCUUUCUGGCUGAAAGUGAGCAGCGUUUGGCCCAGCACCAACCGGAAUGGGUGAAGAAUCAGCUCCGGCCACCGCAGCAAAUCCCACCCCACGCGGGAACUUGAAGCUCCGGCACUUAGAUCCCGCGGUGGCGGGGCUCCACCAGGCCCCGGUUGCCACCAGAGGUAGCCGUAAACCCACGGUUCCCGAAACUCCUUCCGGCCCUCCCAGACAAAAACUGGGACAACCUUCUUAGGUCCCCGGGAUCCCCGCUGUGCCACCGGCCCGCCCGCGAGUCCCAGAGUUUAGGGCCAGGGGCCCCGCCUACCUGAGGGCCCUGGCCUGGCGGACCGCGCCGAAGGAGCACUUCCGCCGGUCGCACGCACUUCCGGCCUGCUGGAACCAAUGAGAGUGCGGCCGAGGUGUUCCCCUCGCUGGCGUCCGGGCCGCGGGUGGUCUCCGGGAGCAUUGGGGCCGGCGGACAGUGAGGGCGCGGUAAGCUCCCCGUAAGGAGCCCUUGAGAAACUGGUCUAUAGGGGAGUCAGUCCAGGACCCCUUUUAGUCCCAGACAUAGGGGAGUACAAGAUAGUGGAGUCUUUAGGGUAGAACAUGACUCGAGGCAGGCUCAUUUUCAAGUUUGGGGCAAGGAGCAUUGAUUGACCGUUAAUUUUUUUCAGUGGAACCAAAAACUUGGGUAAAAUUGCUUCUGACCUUCGGAACGGAUGGAUUCACCUUAGACAACAAGGGAGGUGUCACAGUUUUCCAUUUAGAUCAGCAACUUCAAGUUCUUACCAUGGAAAAUUCCGAGAAGACUGAAGUGGUUCUCCUUGCUUGUGGUUCCUUCAAUCCCAUCACCAACAUGCACCUCAGGUUGUUUGAGCUGGCCAAGGACUACUUGAAUGGAACAGGAAGAUACAGAGUUGUCAAAGGCAUCAUCUCUCCUGUUGGUGAUGCCUAUAAGAAGAAAGGACUCAUUCCUGCCCAUCACCGGGUCAUCAUGGCUGAACUUGCCACCAAGAAUUCCAAAUGGGUGGAAGUUGAUACAUGGGAAAGUCUUCAGAAGGAGUGGAAAGAGACUCUUAAGGUGCUAAGACACCAUCAAGAGAAACUGGAGGCUAGUAACUGUGAUCACCAGCAGAAUUCACCUACGCUAGAAAGGCCUGGACGGAAGAGGAAGUGGACUGAGCAAAAACAAGAUUCUAAUCAAAAGAAAUCCCUAGAUCUGAAAACAAAAGCUGUACCCAAGGUCAAGCUGCUGUGUGGGGCAGAUUUACUGGAGUCCUUUGCUGUUCCCAAUUUGUGGAAGAGUGAAGACAUCACCCAAAUCGUGGCUGACUAUGGGCUCAUAUGUGUUACUCGGGCUGGAAGUGAUGUUCAGAAAUUUAUCUAUGAAUCGGAUGUGCUGUGGAAACACCGGAGCAACAUUCAUGUGGUGAAUGAAUGGAUCACUAAUGACAUCUCAUCCACAAAAAUCCGGAGAGCCCUCAGAAGGGGCCAGAGCAUUCGCUACUUGGUACCAGAUCUUGUCCAAGAAUACAUUGAAAAUCAUAAUUUGUACAGCUCCGAGAGUGAAGACAGGAAUGCUGGGGUCAUCCUGGCCCCUUUGCAGAGAAUCACUGCAGAAGCUAAGACAUGAGAAUUCUACAACAUGAUAUUUUAGACUUCCUGUUUGGGGAUCUGAAAUAAUCUGGGCGUUAGUAACUGGGGAAGGAAGUUGUGAUCUGUUGCCUAAACUAAAGCUUAAGUUGAGUAAAAACUGGCCUGGUGUGGUGGCUCACGCCUAUAUUCCCAGCACUUUGGGAGGCCAAGGCAGGCAGAUCACAAGGUCAAGAGAUCGAGACUGUCCUGGCCAACAUGGUGAAACCCUGUCUUUACUAAAAAUACAGAAAUUAGCUGGGCAUGGUGGUGCACACCUGUAGUCCCAGCUACUCGGGAGGCUGAGGCAGGAGAACUGUUUGAACCCAGGAGGCAGAAGUUGCAGUGAGCCGAGAUCGCACCACUGCGCUCCAGCCUGGCAACAGGGCAAGACUGUCUCAAAAAAAAAAAAAAGUUUAGUAAAAAUCAAUGGUAAGUUAAAAUAAGAGUUUUUUUAUUCUUUUUAUCAGAUGUUGCUAAGAUGAAUGUUUUCCUUAUGGUCUUAUUGUAAUCUCUAUCUUUAAAACAUUAAGACAAGAAAUUAGUAGCACACAAAAACCAGAAGUGUUUUCAGUGAAACUAGCUGCAAAUAAGUUAAAAAGUCCAUCCCAGCUCUACCAUAUAAAAGAAGCAAAAUGUGAAAAGCAAACAUUCAUUUAAAAUUCUAACU